AUGAUCAUUCCAGUGCUCGCAAAUGCAAUUUUAGAAAGACUUGUUCGUGCAAACGAUUAUCCUGGCAAGGGGGCACGAUUACUGAUAAAAUAUGCUGAUAAUAGAUCAAUUAAUAAAUUCUGGCAUGUGCUGAUUGAUCCAGAUGAACAACUUUAUUGGCAAGAUUGGAAAUUUUUAAUGUUAAGUUUUGGGCCUUACGCUAUUGUUUAUUUUCAGCACUUGGACACAAACAAAUAG